AUGGCGAAAGGCUCACCUGGAGUUUUCUUGAAUCCUUGUCGCUUGCCUGAGCGAAGUCGAGCAUCAGAGAAUGCUGAACCUGAGUGUGAUAUGGAUGCUGAUUAUGAUUCACGUCUGAUGCAGGACCAGACACCUAUUGUUGACUCUGAGCAGGUAUCUCGUUUUCACCUUGGUUCUGAUAGUUUUCAUGAUAAGCUUAUGAACAAGGUGAAUUUGACUAAGAAUGUGGGUAUAGAUGUUAAUUGUUUGGAUGAUGCUUAUGAGGAUCUCAAUGAUGACGAAGAUGUGGUUAUUUCUCGGGGUGAUCGAGGCCCUAGUAUUCAAUUCUCUGAUAGGGCAAUGGAUAGGUUAUGCCGACCUUGGAAGAAUGCUCUGAUUAUUAAGCUCUUGGGCAGGUAUGGCCAUAAACGAGAGAAGUGUGAAUUGAAUGUUAAAGAUGCUGAAACUGUUAAUGGUGAGACUACUAUUGCCAUGGGUGCUGAUGUUAAGGGGAGUAGUUCGGUGGGAAUUAAUAGGGCUCACUAUGAGUCUGACCAGAGCUUGAGAGGGCCAUGGAUGAAUGUUCCUGUUAAUAUUAAGGAAAACCUUUCUUGGUGCUCUUCUCUAACUUCUGUUGUAUGGAGGUUCAAGCAAUUUGACAAAGGAUUUCCAGCUGGAUAA